GCAACCGUUCGCAAUGGCGUUGUCGCUAUCGAGGUGAGACCCGAAUGGGUGAAGCAUUUCAUGCACAACGCCUUACUCGAGGAGCAUUACAAUCACUUCAGGAGGGCUCUCAAUGGAUCGUGGAAGGAAGCGGAGGAGAAGACCGUAUGUCUUGACGAUGUCGAGUGCAGUACAUCUACGAGUCUCUUCCUUGAAUGGCUCUACUCCCAACAGUACCCCAAAGGCCACCGUUUCGGCGCAGGCCGCUCGAACCGCACGAAACAAGUGAGCAGAUUCAAGGCCUGUGCAUUUGGCGACCGCUUUUUGGUUCCUGCAUUUCGUGCAGCAUCAGAGAGCGCGUUAAUCGACAGAAUAAUUGUCGCAAAUCGCUCUCCCUACUACGACGCCAUCAUAUAUGCGUACGAGCAUCUACCGUCCGACAGCCCUGUCUUCCAAGCAUUGAUCGACGCGCAUUACCAUGGCUUCGCUGAGGACUCAGAUACAGAAAAGAAUGGAGAACUGGAGCUUCGGUCUCAGCACCCGCAUAGCUUUCUAGUAGAAGCCAUGUUGAGGUACAUGCGGUUGCAGUCUAGUAUGAGUAGAAAGAAACAUCUGGAUCGCUGCAAUUACCAUGAACAUGCAUCAGAUGACGAGAGGGGAGACAAAUGUCAGGUACCACGCAUUGACGACUUCGAUUAA